AUGUUCCAGUUCAAUGCCACCGUCAUGGGCUACGGCCACAGCGACUGGAUGCUGAUCAUCCUGCAGGUCUUCGGGCCGAUGGUGGUGAACGCGGCCAACCCCACCCGCCUCAUCGAGGAAGCGGACGUGUUGUCUGUGCAGCUUAGCAAGGUGACGGUGAAGAUCGAGUUGGUGGAGUUCAAGGCUGUGAUGUUGGCCUCCCUCCGCUCCCUGCUGCCCAAGACCUGGAGCUCCGAGUGCGAGGUCGCUUGGACCUGGCUCUGGGAGAACAUCCAGCGCAUGCUCAAGGCCAACGCCGGGAAGCCCCAGCUGCAGCAGAAGGCCUUGAGGAAGCUCUACGGCUCCUUGACGGAGGAGCAACUGGUGGGCUUCCGAAACGGCAUCUACACCACCUUCUUCCAGAAGUGUGCCCAGGGCCAGGACUAUUUCAAGCAAAGUUCCACAAGGUUGCACUUCAUCGCGGAUCGGGUCAUCAUGUUCACCCAGGAGAUCUACAAAGAUCCCAAAGGCGUCAUGGAGGACUUGUCGGCUUUGGGCCUGCGCCACGUGGGCUACGGCAUCCCCACGGAGCUCUUUGGGCCCUUCGUCUCCGCCGCCAUCGAGAACAUCCGGAUGCUCACCUCGGACGGGAACCAAGAGGAGGCCUUCAGAUGGUCCAUCGGCCUCAUCUCCCGGGUCUUGGUGCGCACCAUCACAGAGGGCUCCACCCUGGUCAUGCGCGCCAUCAACGCCAACUGCGGGAAGAUGCUUCGGAAGGCUGUGAGCUGUGCGCCGCGCGGGGAGCGGGCGGAGUGGAUGCUGAAAGUGCAGGUGGGCACCCAGUCCAUCUCCCCACUGCUCUGGUCCAUCGAGAGUGGUAGCCUGGAGGCGGCCGGGGCCAUCAUCUCAGACCUACUCACGAUCCGCGCGGACCGGGACCAUUACUACUACGCCAUGGAGGCCUUGUUCAUCCGCCACUCAGACAUCGUGCGCCGGAUCUGCCAGGACGGGCCGGAGCUCUUACCCACGCUCUUCGACGGCCUCAUCUGGCGGAGUCGGAAUUCCCAGAACGGGCUCAGGCGGGUGAACUACUUCAUCAAGUACCUGAUCGUGGAUACCUCGGGGAGUUUCUCGGAGUCCUUCCGGCAUGUGGUGGACAACGACGAUCCCAGCAUCGCUUGUCACCCUGCGGUGGUGCUGUCUGCAGACAUCAUCUGGUCGCGCCUGGCAUCCUUCACCUUCCUCUUGGGGAAGCUGUGGUUCCUGCUGAACCUGGUGAUCUUUGUGGUCACGCAGGCGGUGCUUUCAGACUACCGAGGCAACCAGUCUUCGGCCGCCUCUUUGUGCGUCUUCAUUGGUCGGCUCUUCAUCUACAUCCUGGGCUUGGGGCAACUGCUGAUCCAUCACCUCUAUAACAUCUCCAAGUCCUGUCGGGCGAGAGAUGUGAAGUUCAUCAAGUGCAUCCCGCUGCCCUCUUACCUCAUCCACUUCUCCGAAGCGCUGAGCGGCCUGCUGUGCCUGGCCCUUGUUGGCAUGUUCUGCCAGGAGCCGAUCCUGCACUGCUUAGGCAUCCCCCGGGACCCGGAGGCACCAGACUUCGCGGAGCUGGGCGCCAACUGCCCGGAGGUGGAUCACCUCAUCGGAUCCUACUCCUCCUUCGCCUUUGCAGCCACCUUGCUCUACUUCCUCUUGCUGCUGGAGCUCACGGUUUUUAGCACCAAGCUUUCGACCUUCGUGCUGGUCUGUGGCCGAAUGCUGUCGGAGGUUGGACAGUUCCUCUUCGCGCUCUUCUUCGUGGUGGUGGCCUUCAGCUGUGGCCUGGCCUCCUCCGACGUGGGCAACGAGCAGUUCUCGGACAUCUUUCCGGCCAUGCUCAGCUUGUCCCGCAUCAUGCUGGGAAUGUUCAGCAGCGAGGAGAUGCAAGCCCUGGACGAGCCGAAGCUCGUACUCUCCGUGAGCAUAUUCGUGAUUUGUACCACCAUCUUCUUGCUGAACCUCUUGAUCGCACAGCUCAAUUGCGCCUACUUGGGCAUCUUCAAGGACAUGCUCGGCUAUGCGCGGUUGAAUCGGGGCUCCAUCAUUCUCGACAACGUGAUCGACGUGUCGGCGAAGAGAUGGAAUCGCUUCACCGCAUCCCUGCGCAUGGAUGAGAAGUUGGAGUUCAACGAGGGCGACAUCGGGCUGCCCGGGGGCAUUCAAGUCUCGGAGCCUGCCAGCGCGCAUCCGGUGACCACGGACUCGAUCAAGCGCUACGGGGGCUCCACAUCUCCAGCGUCCCAUUGGCCGGAGACCUCCAACGACCAGGAGACGGAGGACAAGGUGGACAAGCUAGAGAAGAUCAUCGACGCUCGGUGA